CUUCCCUGUUAUACGGCUGAGACUUAACUCCGUUUGUUGUUUAAGAGCCACAGGACAGAUGAAUAAAGACAAAUAGAUUAAACGUUUUUGUAUUUUUAAUACUUUUUCCGACACACAUUUCCUCCUGUGGAUUUUAACCCCUCAGGGUCACCAUGGUAAACCACAACCCACCCAGGAUUAUACUGAUGUUUGUCGGAUUAUUUACCUUAUUUCCUGCAAUUACUUUAAACUUUCUUUCAGGCUUUGGAGAUUAUUCAGGUGUCUUCAGGCAGCGUACAGAAGAUGUCUCACUCAAGUACAUGACAUCUGUAACUCCUGCUCAGUGGACGUUUUUCGUGUGGGAUUUCAUUUACUUUUGGUUUUUUGCCAUGUUUGUGUACUUGUUGGCUGGACUUUGUAGAAGUGCAGGAGUACAUAUGAGUGGAUGUAUACCACACCUGCAGUGUUGCCUUAUGGGUUUCAUGUCAGCAUCAUCAUUUACCUUAGCUUGAACAUCACCUGGCUCUUUCUGUAUGACAGAGAGAUGCUGCUCCCAGUGCUCAUAACCGCAGCUCUAAUGACACUAACUGAUUACAUGACGCUAUUUUUCUCCUGCCAUGGGCUAAAGAUUUAUGGUGCCUGGCUGAGCAAACAUCGCAACGCAGACCUCUGGAUGUUCAGGAUAUUGGUGCAAAAUGGAGUGGCAGUGUAUGCCACUUGGGGAACACUCUCCACUUUGCUGAACCUGACAAUCUACUUGCAGCAUCAGACGGAAGCAUCUCGAUAUCACUGCACAAUGUUGUCACUGCUGCUGCUCCUGAUGGAGCUGUUAGUGUGGUUUCUGUUGGAGAACUUCUAUCUUGAUAAGCACCUACGCUAUACUGUGACCAUCUACCCUCUAGUUAUCCUGUGGCUGACAGGCAUCCUAGACAACAAUGCAUCCCCUGGUACCAAUUUGUACAUCCUUGAAGUUUUGAUCCUGGUGAUUGCCUGUGUCCUGCUUGUUGUUCGCAUCAUCCUGGUGGCGUGGAGGCAUCACAAACAACCACUUUACACAGACAAUGAACUCAGUUUGACUCCAGUGGAAAUAUCGUUGUCACAACCCAAUCUUUUCCUAUGAAUACUUUCCUGUGAUGAUGAUAAAAUAUUACAUGUACAUAGAAAGAAGAAUUUUUACAUCAUGAAUGCUUAAGAUGUCAUUCCACUUUCUUAAGAAAACUUGAAACAUCAUGCAUACCUUAGACUGCUGGAGAUAGACACCAGUCUCCCUACAAAACUGAAAGAAUACGCAGAUUUGGACAAUGGGAGGAUGAUAAACCUCUUGGAAAAGUGUUGUACAAUGUUGUUUGUUUAUAAAUGACAACAACAAUCUAACUUUUGAAUACACUGGAAGAACUUAUGGGAAAUAAAUUACAAUACAUUGAGGAGUGGAGUGUACUCUGCAAGCAUGCUUUUUUGCAACAGUUAGAAAAUUGAAGCUACAAGUGGCAUCACCAAGUCAUGAUAAUGAAACAGGGUUUCUACUGAUUUUCUUGCUCUGUUUCAUGUCUAUGAAAUAUUUUCUAUCUUAUCAUAUCAAAAAUACAUGUAUGGAGUUUACUGAACAGCACUAGGGACCAUGUGUUCUCAGAUCAGACUAAAAUAUUGAUUGGUACCGCCAUUUUCUGCAGCGAGAACCUUGUGUGUGACACAAUUAGGUUAAAGGACAAAAAGCCAAGUUAUUUACACAAUAACCUGGAACUAACAUAGUUCUACAUGAUACACAUUCCAUAUUGUAUGUUCUAUAUCAAAAAAUAGCAAUAUCCACUAAAAUUAGAAUAUGAAAGAAAAACAAAACAUGCAUUUUUAAUAAAUAAAACUCUAUAUUGUCCACUUAAGCUAAUUUUCAACAUAAAUUCCAAACAAUUUCUUGAUUUUUGUCACCUACGUCCAUAAGGGAUUUUAUUUUUGGUCAUGGAACAUAAUAUAUUUAUAUUCUUGAAUUUUUGUUUUGCCCACAGGUUGCAUUAACAUUGUUAAUAAAAAUAAAGUUCACAGGUGGAAAUCAUUGAACUUGCUUAGAAAAACUUCUGAAGAUAAAAUCCAGAUAACUUUAUAGUUUUGUAAUGAUUUAAUCACCAGAGGAAGCAUGCACUGUGUCAUUACACUCCAUGUGGGUUCAGAACUUCUGUAAACAAAAAGUGACAUGUAGUUUUAAAGUCAAGAACCUGAAGUGCUUCAUUGACAGCUGAGAGCAAGCCAUAUUUCAUAAGAUCAUAGAAGACAUGUACAUGAGUGAAAAGGCGCAGCUAAUAAUUUUGACACUAUUAAACUUUAUUCUUGCUGGGAGUUAAAUGUAUGGCUAAGAGAACAAUAAGUUGUUAGAGGUGUUUUUAUUAGUUUUGUUAUAAAUGUUUAAUUAAAAAUAACUAUAUUUUUUCUCCUUGGAG